CUUCUCUGCUACAGGACGGGGAAGGAGACGACAAGGGAACUUGAAGGACGGGGCAGAGCAAGAGAGAAACACAGAGGACAAGCCAACAGCAGAGGAAGUGACAACAAGCAUCCUAUGGACCCCGAACAUGAAGAAUGUAGGGAGAAUAAUGUCCAGCCUGGACGAGCAACACUCCGCAGAGGGGAAGGAGAAGACACCGUUGACUUUGGCUUGGCUGGUGACCUGAAAAAAUCCUUGGAUAAAGUAUCAGAAGCCAUUUACAAGAAGUGUGUUGCAAAUUGGCAUAGUCCACCUGAGGAGUUACAAAAUCAGCCGCUGUAUAAAGAGAUUAACUCUGGGAUACAGAGUGUCUUUUUUAACAUAAAGAGCAGGGCACGCCCCUUGGAAGAAUAUAAAAUAAUGAUAUCUGUGGCUUCUGGUUUGAUUGCUCAUUUUCAAAACAAGAGAAGAAAUAAAGUAACUUACAGAUUUACAACACGUCAAACAGAAGUUGAUUUUCUUAGAAAAAACAUCAAGUGUCUCCUAGACUUUUGGCUGCCAGAACCAAUGCAAAGAUCCCAGCUUAUUUAUGUCUUCGUCAGUGAAAUUCUGUCAGUAAAUGUCUUAGAACCACUUAUCACCAAUUUUUCUGACUUCACAUUUAUAAAUGAAGUAAUAGUGGUGGCCCUGGACGAUCAACCAGACACUCAGCAGAAGGAAGAUUCCGGCAGAUGUGAUGAGAGGAAUCAGGAUAGUAACUGCAGUGGCCCAGAGGAAUCUAAUGCAAACACGGAAAGUGAGAAGACUAUAUCCAGAAAGAAAGAAAAGAAGCCGAUUAGAAAGAAAAUAAAAGGAUUAUUUAAGAGUAUGAGACCUAGAAAACCAGAAGCUAAGAAUGUGUCUGUAUUCCGGUCAUGCACUAAUGUCAUGGAGAGCGAUGCUUUACAUUGUGAUGGUGAUGUUGCAGACAUGGGCUCCUGUGAUGAUAGUGACGAUGGUGAGAUUUCUAUGACCUCAAUUAUUGACACUUCACUUCACAUGUGGCUACAGAAUAAUUGGACGGCCAAGAUCUCUAAGAGAUUGGAAGAGGAAGAUGAAUAUGAGAUUUCUGUGUAUGAUGAGAGCACACCAGGCACUGUACUCUGGAAUACUAAAAGACGUGAUGAAGAUUUUCAAUUUAUAUUCAAGAAAAUACAUCAGUCAACUACAGGAGGACAAAGUGAUGCUGACAAACAAACUUUCCACCCAAUAAACAAGGCUUCAGAUGAGUCUAUAAAUAUACUGUUGAACCUGAUUAAAGCACACGAAGACAGAGAAGUUGUGUUUUUCUUCUCCCCCUUCGAGUAUGAAGAUAAUGUUGGCAGUGAUGAGGAAGAUCAGUUCAGCACAGAUGAUGAAUCCUCUGGAGACUCUAUUGCAGAUAAAAACUCUUUAUCCAAUGACCUCCAGGACACCUCCAGUGUUAGUGCUAACAGAAAUAAGUCUAAUGAAUUCACCGGAGACUCUUAUGACAAGGAAAGUAAGUCCAAGGAAUGUCAUCAACCAGACGGCAUUCGUGCGCUACGGCGAAGGAAAAAAUAUAAAAAAGGUUCUCCUAAUGAGCUAGAGGACCUGCCGAGCACCAGUGUAGCAAGAGAUGAGCAUUUACCAAGUGAAAAUACAGAUAUGAGAACAGAAUUUCCCAUCGUUGGACAGCGACCACCCAAAAUGAUGGAUUCUGCCAGCUUGAUUUCACAAAAGAUGGCUCAGAAAGGCCUAGAUUUGACUGGCCAGAACAUUGCACAGACCACAGAACAACAGAAGCAGAAACUGCAGGAGACUCUGCUUGAAGUCCUGUAUCAAUUAAUUGAUGAGGUUUUGGCAGGUGGAAGUUCAAGAGUUUGUUUCCUGCACAGUAUUGGCUUUCUGAAGAAUCUGAGUAAAUCUAUACUAAGCAGCAUACCAAACAUAUAUGCAGAGGAACAUAUUAUCUGGUACUUGGAUCAAGUUGCUGAACUUCUAACUUCUGAAGUACGCCCACUAGAGCUGACACCAGAUGCUCUACAGUCUAAGGCAUUAGAUCUCCUAAAAAAUAAAGUCCAAGGACUGCUGAAUCCUUUUGUCAAGUUCUUUGUCAAGAAGGAGAUUAUGAAGAAUUUGAAGACAUCCCACCAGGCUCUGAAAGACCCAUUGGCAAACAAAGAGACUAUAUAUGGGCUUCUAGAGGAUCUUACAAAGAUAAUCACUAAUGAAGACAGAACUUUAAAUCCCUAAAAACACAUUGAGUGGAAGCAUUCUAUAAAGUUUUCCUGAAGUUAUAAGACACUCCUUGGAAUACCUUGUGGACGUCACAGCUGACUAAACAGUUUACAUUUCAUGUUUACAUGCAAUAAUGUGAUAAGGCGUUAUUGUUGAUCAUGGCAAUAAAUGCAAUAUGCCAGCGGGGCACACCUGACUAUUUUGCAGACAUACAGGACAAAGUCUGUUUUAGGGACAGAUACAUAUUUAGUACUAAUUUAUGGGUGUAAAGAAAUAAAACUUUUAUAUUGCCAAAGA